AUGACGCUAUCGAAAUCGGACCUCCCAGCGAUAUACUCAUUCUUGACCAAUUCAUUGAGUGGCGACGAAAGCGUCCGCAAGCCAGCAGAGGAGGCUCUCGCUCAGUGCGAGGCUAGGCUCGGCUUUUGCUCUUAUCUCAUGUUUUCUGAUUACCUUAAGCAUUUGUUGAGAAAGUACUUUGUUUUAACUCCUCAUGAUUUGGAGGAGUUGUACCACAACCCUGAAUCAUUUCAUCACGAGCAGGAUAUGAUUCAGUGGACGGAAAAAUUGAGGCCUUGUGCUGAGGCUUUGUACAUUGUUUUGUUUCAUAACCAUAGCGAGCUUUUAGGUCCUCUUGUGGUUUCAAUCCUUCAAGAAGCAAUGAAUGGUUGCCCAACACCAGUUACUAAAAUCACUCCAGGGCUGCUUCUAAAAGAUGCUGCUUAUGCUGCUGCUGCAUAUGUUUAUUAUGAGCUUUCAAAUUACAUGACCUUUAAAGAUUGGUUUAAUGGUGCAUUAUCACUAGAUCUCUCAAAUGAUCAUCCAAAUAUGCGUAUCAUCCAUCGGAAAGUCGCAAUUAUAUUGGGACAAUGGGUUUCUGAGAUUAAAGAUGACACUAACAGACCAGUAUACUAUGCUUUGAUCAAAUUGCUACAAGACAAAGACCUAUUUGUUAGAUUGGCAGCCUGUAGGUCGUUGUGUCUGCAUAUUGAAGAUGCUAACUUUUUAGAGGGAGCAUUCACUGAUCUUCUUCCCGUGUGUUAGGAUUCAUGUUUCAAGUUGGUCGAGGAAGUCCAAGAAUUUGAUUCAUAGGUACAUGUUUUGAAUUUGAUCUCCAUUCUGACAGGUCAUGUCAAGGAAAUUAUUCCAUUUGCAAAAAAAUUGGUGCUAUUUUUCCAAAAGGUGCCAGAGAACUUGGAAUCUUGAUCAGAAUUAGACAAAAAGACAACUAUUAGUGAUCUUAAUGAAAGGCAUGGACUGGCUAGUGAUGGGUGGCAUUCUCAGCUAUAGUAGUGGACAAAAUGUGCCAUCCAUUGGAAAGUCCAUGAAAUCCUCAAUGCCUUCUGGAUAUGUCAAAAAUUUGAAUGCUGGAGACUUGUUUUUUCUCCCAUAACUGAUUCUGCUUCAAAUCAUGGCCUAAUCCUAAUAAUUCUCUAUGGG